AUGGAGAAUCAACAAAAGUCAAGAUCACCUACUGACUUUCUGAGCACAGUACUGGGUCAACCUGUUAAAGUGAAGCUUAAUUCUGGCAUUGACUACAAAGGAACAUUGGCUUGCUUGGAUGGUUAUAUGAAUAUCGCGUUAGAGAAUACAGAAGAAUAUGUUGAUGGUCGAUUAAAAAACAGAUAUGGAGAUACAUUCAUUAGAGGCAACAAUGUUUUAUAUAUCAGUGCAGAUAAAACUGCAUAA